AUAUCGGCAAUCCCCGGAUUAAGGUUUCUGCGCUCAACCUUCGCUGUGGGUUGCUUCGUGUGUUUUUGCUCGUUGGUUCUGGCGAGUUUUGCUGGAGUUGGUGUUAGAAUAAGUGUUGAUCGCAUUAUCUAGAUCGGAGCUCGCAUAUCAUUUUAAUCGUGUUGCAUCUCGAAAGUCAUAACUGGCAUGUCUGCCUCACCCAAAAAAUCCCCCAUCAGACGCGGUACCGUCGAAGACGUGCCCGUAAUCCUGGGCUUCAUCAAAGAACUCGCCGAGUACGAGCACGAAACAGAUAAAGUGCUCUGCACCGAAUCCAUGCUCGCGAAAACAAUCUUCGGCCCGACGCCCUACGCCAAAGUCCUGAUUGCGCAAACCGAUGAAGGCGUGCCCGCUGGCUUUGCGCUGUAUUUCUACAAUUACUCCACGUGGAACGGGAAGCCGGGUAUCUACCUAGAGGACCUGUACGUGCAGCCAAAGCAUAGAGGAAAAUCGUUCGGCUCGGCGUUGUUGUAUGCGCUUGCCGAGGAAUUGGUUGCUAUCGACGGAGGCCGAUUAGAAUGGAGCGUUUUGAAAUGGAACACGCCGUCUAUUGAGUUUUACCAGCGUAUCGGCGCGAACCCAAUGACUGAAUGGCAAAUGAUGCGUGUUGAUGGAGACACGAUUGCAACGCUGGCAAACAAGUCUUCCGGCAUUCUUGAGUAGAAGAUAUUUCAAAAGGAGUAGAUCAUUGCAUAAUUAAUGUACUUGCAGAAAACUUGCACAUCAACUCAUUUCUACUGUUUAUAUAGAGAUUUAUUGAGCAAUCACAGAGCA